AUGCUCGACUUCAACUAUCACUACCAGCUUGGCAGAAGAAUUGUCGUCCGGGAUCGCGGCUCGACCGCUCCUCAAUCGUCGCCGUCUUUUCCCACCAUCUCACUCAAGGCCAUCCUUGGCACCCGCGCGCGCAAGCGCGCAAGCACAAAGCGAGCUCGCCGAGCUCAAGGAGCUGCAGCACCUCACCAGGCACCGGCAGACCCAGACAGCGCAACAAUCUCCGACAUUAUCCCUCAACCUUAA